UACCUGUAGAGGCUCCGGGCGCUGCGCAUAAAUACUGCUCCCUCCCAGGAUGGGAUCAGUCCUGAGGGAGAGACACAGAGACGAUAUUAGGCUUUGGGAAUCUGCUCAGGGCGGAUUAUGAACGCUUUUGGACACCAACCAUCUAACCAGCAGACCAGUCCCAUUCAGCACCACAGCGCUCAGGAGCUCUUGGACAUGGCCGUGUACUGCGACAACUACGGUGUGUACCAGCAGAACCUCCACCACCAUCACCACACUCAGAGGCCGCCCACACACCCCUCCAGCUACGGCCUCGGAGAGUACACUUCCCCGUCUACGAACCCGUACCUAUGGCUGAACGGACCCAGCAUAAACUCCUCUCCUUAUCUUCCCGGGAACAACGGCGCGUCCUACAUUCAGUCCGGAUACGGGUCGAACCAGAGGCAGUUCUUACCGCCUCCCACCGGGUUCGGUGGAGCAGACCUGGGAUGGCUGUCCAUAUCCAGCCAACAGGAACUCUUCAAGAUGGUCAGACCACCUUACUCCUACUCAGCACUGAUAGCGAUGGCCAUACAGAACGCACAAGACAAAAAGUUGACCCUGAGUCAGAUCUACCAGUAUGUGGCUGACAACUUCCCCUUCUACAAGAAGAGCAAAGCUGGAUGGCAGAAUUCAAUCCGACACAACUUGUCGUUGAAUGACUGUUUCAAAAAAGUGGCCCGGGACGAGGAUGACCCUGGUAAAGGAAACUACUGGACGCUGGACCCCAACUGUGAGAAGAUGUUCGACAACGGGAACUUCAGGCGGAAGAGGAAAAGGAGGGCUGACAUAAGCGGAGCUGACAGCGCAGCUCUGCCCGUCAAGUCAGAGGACGGUCCGCACAAGUUCUCCGACACCGCCAGCCUGCUGAGCUCCUCCCCGCCCAGCCUGCACGGAUCCCCGGCCUCCACGGAGCCCAAGUCGUCCCCGUCUCCGUCCGCGGAGCACAGUCCGUGUUUCAGCAGCUUCGUGUCCAGCGUGAACUCACUGCUGACGGGCAGCAGCAGCGCCGGCGGCGGCGGCAGCGACGGCUCCCGGAGCGGGGAGCGGGACUACAGCUCCGGCCACCUCGGGGGACUGUCUCAGAGCCGAGAGGGCAUGUCCGGACUGGGCUCCUACUCGCCCACUUUAAUCUCUCCUUUGAACUCUGACAACAACAGAAUGAACUAUUACACAUCAGUACAGAGCCUGUCCAACCAUUUUAGUGUGAAUAACCUCAUAUACAGCCGGGAAGGAACAGAAGUGUAGACUGUGUGUGUGUCAGCGCUGGGCUGCUGCAAGGAAAAGUAAUUUAUCACUCAUUAGCCUUCACAUUUCUUUAGUUAUUAGGUAUCUGGAUUAGUGGGCCUCUGUUUUUUUCACCAUAACCAUAAACUGGGAAAAUAGCCUGCAAAGGAAUUUCGAUGGUUAUAAACGUCUCUGUUAUAGUUUAUGUUAGUGCAACAAACAUGUUAAUUUGUGGUAAAUGAAUCGGUUCCCAAAUCAACCCACGUAAAAAUCCUAUGACUGAAAAAAAAAAAGAUUUUUUAAAAGAAAUCUGUAGCUGCUCUGUUGGGCUUAGCCCCCGUGUCUUAAAAGAAAAAAGACUUUCUGUGUACAGAAAUUAUUUUCAUAAGAAAAUACGUGACUUGUAUUUUAUACCGAAUUGUGUUUUUAUUUAAACUCACUUCAAUGUUUGAAUAAAAGUCGUCCAUGUUAACUCAGA